AUGUGGAUGGAUUGGCUAAACAUUUACAUUGGUGUGGUUGUGACAAGUGUUGUGUUGGUGGUGGGGUCAAGUACAAGUACAAUUACAAGUGAUGUGUGUCAUGGAGAAACGAUGGUGAGUGGGAGGGUGUUUUGUGAUCAGUGCAAAGAUGGUGAGAUUAACCAUCUUGAUUAUCCUCUUGGAGGAGUAAGAGUAUUAUUGGCUUGCCCAGGGGAGCAUGGGCAGUUCACAGUCUUGACGGAAGAAACUACAAACUGGCUUGGGACCUACACAAUCAAAUUUAGAGGUCCGGUGGACAUGAGUGGUUGCCGGGCUCAGGUUUCCGGCGACGGCCAGGGUUGUGCUGCAGAAGCCGGCCCUGCUCAGAACUUCAGACUUACGUUUAAGAUGUUUGAUACUGAAAUUUACACGGUGGAUACUUUGGUUAGUCAACCUGUCACGCCUUCCCCUUUCUGCCCUCGAUACUCACCGCAACCGCCACUAUUGCCUCCUCCGUUCGACUUUCCUCCUAACUGUCCGCCUCCUGAAUUGUCACCAUUGCCUCCUUUCCCGCCACUGAUGGAGCCCCCGUUGCCUCCUCCUCCGGAUAACUUUCCACCUGACUAUUCGCCGCCGGUGCACCAUCCUGAAUUGCCUCCACCACGACCGUUGACUCCACGGGUGCGCUGGCUGCCAUUGCCUCCGUUGCCUGCACUGCCGCCGUUGCCUGAAUUGCCACCGUUGCCUGCACUGCCGCCAUUUCCUAAUAUACCUCCAUUGUUGCAAUUUCCGCCAACACUUCCACCGUUACCGGCAUUACCGCCUUUACCUGCACUACCGCCGUUGCCCGCACUGCCUCCGUUACCAUCUCUGCCACCGUUUCCUGCACUACCGCCAUGGCCUGAACUGCCGCCAGUGCAUGAGUCGCCUCCAUUGCUGUCCUUGCCACCGACACAACCACCAGCCCCUGAACGACGACCACGGUGGUCUGCAAUGCCACCAUUGCAUGAGCCACCUCCGUUUCUUUCCUGGCCACCGACACAACCGCCGGUACCUGAACGAAGGCCACGACGGUCUUCAUUGCCGCCAUUACAAGAGUCACCUCCAUUUAUGUCCUUUCCACCGACACAACCGCCAGUACCUGCACGGCCACGGUGGUCCGCAUUGCCACCAUUGCUUGAGUUUCCUCCAUUGCAGCCUUUGCCUCCGCCACUGCCACCACUACCUGCAUUGCCGCCAUUGCCUGAGUUACCUCCGUUGCCUCCCAUGCCAGCCAAGCCGUUCUUUGAAGCUUCAGCUUGUUCAUACCAAAUGUGGAUGAUGCCUCAACACAAAUGCUAUUGGAAAGUGAUGAACCCAGACCUAAAAGUACAACUUGUGUUUGGGCCAUUGGCUUCAAUAAGAUAUGGCAGAAACAUGACGAUAUAUGAAAGCAUGUAUGGAAGACGAGAUCCUUAUCGGACACUUUUAAGGGAAGGAACGACUGCUCUCUUGAAUUCUUAUAGUAGCAUCGUGUUUGCCUAUGAACCUCAUGAUAUCGUCCAUCGGCUAAAUUGGGCGCUCAUGGAAGACUCUGUAGAACAAGUUCUUGCAGCCGCUAAACGCUUCAUGAAGGCAAACUCUGGAGCAACCGGGAAUGUUACAUGCAAAUUUACAACAUGCACAUGA